UCUUGAUCAUGUGAUUUGGCGUCGCGUUUCGGUGAUGUAAUACGGUAAUAAUAUAAAUCGUAAGCGUAGACGCGCCCUUUUCAUGGCAAUCCCUGUCCAUUUAUGGAUCACCAUUGCUUUCGAUGUUGAAUGACUCCACAUAUCCUGGUUCUUUCCCUUAAUAUAUAAUUCCAUCAUCACCUAGCUUCGCAUAAUACCCAAAUACAUAUAUAGUUCCAACUUACAAAGGCUCUCAUUCCCACAUAAUACUUAAAACAAUGGCUGUCGGAUUAAAACGCAAGCGCGCCGACGAAGUCGCAGGCACCGAGAUCCCAUCACCACCAAAAAGAACCAAAUCCACAUAUCCCCGUACCCGACCGGACAAAUCAUCAGUGCCCGUGCCGGAAGACAUGGAACCACAACUCCAGCGCAUCGCAGCAUCAAACCGCACACCUUUCGAAAAGAAAGUAUGGAGUCUACUUUGUCAGAUACCGCGGGGUUCGGUAUCGACGUACGGUCUUAUGUCAGCACAUCUAGGCUCAUCCCCACGAGCAGUUGGGAAUGCGCUCCGGCGGAACCCGUUUGCGCCUGAGGUCCCGUGUCACCGUGUCGUGGCGACGGGAGGUACGUUGGGUGGUUUUAAGGGCAAGUGGCCGAAGGAUGGCGAGGGUAUUACGCUGGAUGAGAAGCGCAAGUUAUUACGUGGGGAGGGGGUUAAGAUAGAUGAGAAGGGGAAAGUAUCGGGGACACCGUGGGCAGGAUUUGUGUAGCUGUGUUGAGGAAUUGAGAUGAAAGGAGUUGUGAGGUAAGUCUUCCUGGCUCAUAAUCAAAGACUCGGCAAAUGCAGUUCAGAUCGAGGCUCAUUCUCAACGAAUAGGAAAUAAUUCAUGUCUGUCUACGUGCGGCUGGGAAAAUAUUGGCGCCAUUUCGGCAAGACUAGUGU